GUGUAACUAUAGACUAUGAAACUUGUGACUUUUGUAGGCUUUUCCAGAAGUCCAAGAUAUAUAUUACGCUCCUAAAAAGAGGAAGUGCUUAACAAGGGCUGGGAAGGCCUUUAACGUAUAUUAAAACAUUGAGUAUGCCAGCAAUCACUUCCUCCUCGUUGCGUGAAGCCCAACUUUAAAGCCAUGCUGAGUUACGUCUUCAUAACUAUCGUUAUAUUUGCUGUGAAACACUUGCCUUGGCAGUGCAAAGCUUUAGAUGUGCCGGUCAGAUUAAAAGGACCUUCGAGUGAAAACGGUACUGGCCGUGUUGAAGUCUUCUACAAUGGAACUUGGGGAACAAUCUGUGAUGAUGGAUGGGAUUUUAAAGAUGCCAAGGUUGUAUGUCGUCAACUUGGUUAUUUAGAUGCCGUCAGAUUUCUUGAAGGGGGGCAGGUUCCUUCAGGUUCUGGACAAAUAUGGUUAGAUGGUGUUGGUUGUUUCGGAGUUGAAAAUAGUAUAUCAAAAUGUUAUCAUCACGGAUGGGGAAUUCAUGAUUGCACUCAUUCGGAAGAUGCUGGAGUAGAGUGUAUAAAAUCAGCUACAAAUCUGUCGGUCAGAUUACAAGGGCCCUUAAGUGAAAAUGGUACUGGUCGUGUUGAGGUAUUCUAUCAUGGACUAUGGGGAACAAUCUGUGAUUAUGGAUGGGAUUUUAGAGAUGCUAGGGUUGUAUGUCGUCAACUUGGACAUCUAGAUGCCGUCAGAAUUCUUCAAAGAGAGCAAGUUCCACCAAAUGGUUCAGGACAAAUAUGGUUAGAAGACGUCAGUUGUACAGGAAAAGAAAAGGUUAUAUCAAGAUGCUCACAUCGCGGAUGGGGAAUUAAUUAUUGCACUCAUUCGGAAGAUGCGGGAGUAGAAUGUAUUAAAACAGCUUCAAGUGUGUCAGUGAGAUUACAAGGGCCUUCAAGUGAAAAUGGUACUGGUCGAGUUGAAGUAUUUUACAAUAGACUAUGGGGAACAAUCUGUGAUGAUGGAUGGGAUUUUAGAGACGCUAGGGUUGUAUGUCGUCAACUUGGUUAUCCAGAUGCCGUCAGUUCUCUUCAAGGGGGUCAGGUUCCAUCAGGAUCUGGACAAAUAUGGUUGGCUGACGUCAGAUGUACAGGAAAAGAAGAGAAUAUAUCAGGAUGUUCUCAUUCCGAAUUGGGAAUCAAUAAUUGCGGUCAUUCGAAAGAUGCUGGAGUAGAAUGUAGUAAAACAGCUACAAAUGUGUCGGUCAGAUUACGAGGGCCUUCAAGUGAAAGUGGUCUAGGUCGUGUUGAGGUAUUCUACAAUGAAACUUGGGGAACAAUCUGUGAUGAUGGAUGGGAUUUUAGAGAUGCUAGGGUUGUAUGUCGUCAACUUGGUUACUCAGAUGCAAUCAGAUCUCUUCAAGGAGGUGAGGUUCCCUCAGGUUCUGGACAAAUAUGGUUAGAUGACGUCAGUUGUAAAGGAAAAGAAGAGAAUAUAUCAAGAUGUUAUCAUCACGGAUGGGGAAUUGAUGAUUGCGAUCAUUCGGAAGAUGCUGGAGUUGAAUGUAGUAAAACAGCUACAAAUGUGUCGAUCAGAUUACGAGGGCCUUCAAGUGAAAGUGGUCUAGGUCGUGUUGAGGUAUUUUACAAUGAAACUUGGGGAACAAUCUGUCAACAUGGAUGGGAUUUUAGAGACGCUAGGGUUGUAUGUCGUCAACUUGGUUAUUCAGAUGCAAUCAGAUCACUUCAAUGGUGGGAGUUUCCCUCAGGUUCUGGACAAAUAUGGUUAGAUGACCUCAGAUGUGAGGGAGAAGAAAAGAAUAUAUUAAGAUGUUCUCAUCGCGGAUGGGGAAUUCAUGACUGCGAUCAUUCGGAAGAUGCUGGAGUUGAAUGUAGUAAAACAGCUAUAAAUGUGUCCGUCAGAUUACAAGGGCCUUUAAGUGAAAAUGGUACUGGUCGAGUAGAAGUAUUUUACAAUGGAAUAUGGGGUACAAUCUGUGAUGAUGAAUGGGAUUUUAGAGACGCUAAGGUUGUAUGUCGUCAACUUGGUUAUCCAGAUGCCGUCAGUUCUCUUCAACGUGAGCAGGUUCCAUCAGGUUCUGGACAAAUAUGGUUAGCUGACGUCAGAUGUACAGGAAAAGAAAAGGUUAUAUCAAGAUGCUCACAUUUUGGAUGGGGAAUUAAUUUUUGCAGUCAUUGGAAAGAUGCUGGAGUAGAAUGUAGUAAAACAGCUACAAAUGUGUCGAUCAGAUUACGAGGGCCUUCAAGUGAAAGUGGUCUAGGUCGUGUUGAGGUAUUCUACGAUGAAACUUGGGGAACAAUCUGUGGUUAUGGAUGGGAUUUUAGAGACGCUAGGGUUGUAUGUCGUCAACUUGGUUAUUCAGAUGCAAUCAGAUCACUUCAAGGGUGGGAGGUUCCCUCAGGUUCUGGACAAAUAUGGUUAACUGACGUUAGAUGUUCAGGAAAAGAAGAGAAUAUAUCAAGAUGUUCUCAUCGCGGGUGGGGAAUAAAUAACUGCUAUCAUUCGCAAGAUGCUGGAGUGGAAUGUAUAAAAACAGCCGUAAAUGUGUCCGUCAGAUUACAAGGGCCUUCGAGUGAAAGUGGUACUGGUCGUGUUGAGGUAUUUUACAAUGGACAAUGGGGUACAAUCUGUGAUCAUGGAUGGGAUUUUAGAGACGCUAGGGUUGUAUGUCGUCAACUUGGUUAUCCAGAUGCCGUCAGUUCUCUUCAACGGGAGCAGGUUCCAUCAGGUUCUGGACAAAUGUGGUUAGCUGACGUCAGAUGUACAGGAAAAGAAAAGGUUAUAUCAAGAUGCUUACAUCUCGGAUGGGGAAUUAAUUAUUGCAGUCAUUGGAAAGAUGCUGGAGUAGAAUGUAGUAAAACAGCUACAAAUGUGUCGAUCAGAUUACGAGGGCCUUCAAGUGAAAGUGGUCUAGGUCGUGUUGAGGUAUUCUACGAUGAAACUUGGGGAACAAUCUGUGAUUAUGGAUGGGAUUUUAGAGACGCAAGGGUUGUAUGUCGUCAACUUGGUUACUCAGAUGCAAUCAGAUCACUUCAAAAAAGGGAGGUUCCCUCAGGUUCUGGACAAAUAUGGUUAGCUGACGUCAGAUGUACAGGAAAAGAAGAGAAUAUAUCAAGAUGUUCUCAUCGGGGAUGGGGAAUAAAUAACUGCUAUCAUUCGAACGAUGCUGGAGUAGAAUGUAGUAAAACAGCUACAAAUGUGUCCAUCAGAUUGCAAGGGCCUUCAAGUGAAAGUGGUCUAGGUCGUGUUGAGGUAUUCUACGAUGAAACUUGGGGAACAAUAUGUGAUGAUGGAUGGGAUUUUAGAGACGCUAGGGUUGUAUGUCGUCAACUUGGUUAUUCAGAUGCGAUCAGAUCACUUAAAGGGGGGCAGGUUCCCUCAGGUUCUGGACAAAUAUGGUUAGAUGAAGUCACUUGUAAAGGAAAAGAAAAGAAUAUAUCAAGAUGUUCUCAUCGCGGAUGGGGAAUAAAUAACUGCUAUCAUUCGAAAGAUGCUGGAGUAGAAUGUAUAAAAACAGCUAUAAAUGUGUCCGUCAGAAUACAAGGACCUUUAAGUGAAAAUGGUAUUGGUCGUGUUGAGGUAUCCUACAAUGGAGUAUGGGGAACAAUCUGCGAUAAUGGAUGGGAUUUUAGAGAUGCUAGGGUUGUAUGUCGUCAACUUGGGUAUCUAGAUGCCGUCGGAACUCUUCAGAGGGAGCAAGUUCCAUCAGGUUCAGGACGAAUAUGGUUAGAAGACGUCGGUUGUACAGGAAAAGAAAAGGUUAUAUCAAAAUGCUCACAUCUCGGAUGGGGAAUUAGUAAUUAUUAUUGCAGUCAUUGGAUCGAUGCUGGAGUAGAAUGUAGUAAGACAGCUACAAAUGUGUCGAUCAGAUUACGAGGGCCUUCAAGUGAAAGUGGUCUAGGUCGUGUUGAGGUAUUCUACGAUGAAACUUGGGGAACAAUAUGUGAUGAUGGAUGGGAUUUUAGAGACGCUAGGGUUGUAUGUCGUCAACUUGGUUAUUCAGAUGCAAUCAGAUCACUUCAAGGGAGGGAGGUUCCUUCAGGUUCUGGACAAAUAUGGUUAGAUGACGUCAGAUGUACAGGAGAAGAAGAGAAUAUAUCAAGAUGUUCUCGUUCCGAAUGGGGAAUCAAUAAUUGCGAUCAUUCGAAAGAUGCUGGAGUAGAAUGUAGUAAAACAGGUAUGCUUGUUUCAGUUAGGUUACAAGGACCAAAUAGUGCAAAAGGUAUUGGUCGUGUUGAAGUGUUCUACAAUGGUCAAUGGGGAACUAUCUGUGAUAAUGAAUGGGAUAUGAGAGAUACUAGGGUUGUAUGUCGUCAACUGGGUUAUCAAUAUGCCGUCAGACAUUUUCAUUGGAGGCAGGAUCUUCCUGGUUCUGAGCGCAUAUGGUUGGACGACGUUACUUGCAAUGGAGAAGAGCGAAAUAUAAUAAGUUGCUCUCACAAUGGAUGGGGAAACCAUAAUUGCGUGCAUUCGCAAGACGUUGGAAUAGAAUGCACUAACACAGCUUCAAAUGUGUCGGUGAGAUUACAAGGACCUUCAAGUAAAAAUGGUACUGGUCGAGUAGAAGUAUUUUACAAUGGACUAUGGGGAACAAUCUGUGAUGAUGGAUGGGAUUUUAGAGACGCUAAGGUUUUAUGUCGUCAACUUGGUUAUCCAGAUGCCGUCAGAUCUCUUCAAGGGGGGCAGGUUCCAUCAGGUUCUGGACAAAUAUGGUUAGCUGACGUCAGAUGUACAGGAAAAGAAAAAAAUAUAUCAACAUGU